AUGGAAAAUCAAAAAGAACAUUUUCGUCAUAUUUUGUUUUAUUACUUCCGAAAAGGGAAAAACGCUGUGCAAGCUCAUAAAAAGUUAUGUCAUGUAUAUGGCGAAGAUGCUUUAAAACUGCGGCAGUGUCAAAAUUGGUUUACUAACUUUCGAUCUGGAGAUGUUAAUGUGAAAGAUGCACCACGCUCAGGAAGGCCAAUCGAAAUUGAUGAUGACAAAAUAAAGGCACUGAUCGAUUCCAAUCGGCGUUUAACGACACGAGAGAUUGCUGAGAAUCUUAACAUAUCGAAAUCGAGUGUUGAAAAUCAUUUAAAACGACUUGGAUACAUUAGUAAGCUCGAUAUUUGGGUACCACAUGAGCUCAAAGAAAUUCAUCUCACUGAGCGUAUUGACAUCUGC